AGAGAGAGUGCUGAGCAGAGCAACAGCACACUCUUGGAAGUCUGCUCUCCCCUUCACCACCACCAUCGUCACCGCGCGCCGCUGCGUAAUCAGCCAGGUCCAGGACUCAGGCGCACCGAGCCACACAGCGCUCUGCUUAUUGAUAAGACUCCUUGGAAGAAGAGGAGCGCAGACUUCAGACCUGCUACACUUUUUCACACGCUCAGCCUGUGACUCGUCUUUUUUUUUUGGACACAUCACGGUUAAAAGACAAGUCAAGUAACUUACCGGGAGUUUGCUUUUAACUCGGAACAUCCUUGGAAUAUUUCAAAACUUUUCCUCUUUUUUUUUUUUUUUUUUUUAAUAUACUGCCACAGUCUCUUGGAUAGUCUUGUUCUGUGAGGUCUUGACCUCAUUUGCUUUGAAAUGUAAUUAAGUCGCUUGUUAAUUCACUUUAUCAGCACGAUUUUUACGCUUUUUGGCCGAAAACGCACGCGUUUUGGGCACGAAUGUGAACUUACCAGGAGACGGUGCGCAUCACUUUUUUUUUAAACAGAUCACACACUGUGGCUGCUGACGGAGCGCGAGCGCAUUCCUCUGCUUGGUGUGUGUGGACGGUGGCGCGUAUACGCGCGCGCCAGUUCCGCAGAGCGAACCGCUGUCCCCACGCGCGCAGUGCUGAGGAGAGAGAGACUCUCGCGCUUCCAUAAAUGCCCGGUCCGUCGAAGAGGCUCGAUGCUGGGCAGCAAGAUGAGCUCGUGGGUACAGCUGCUGCUCGUGCUGCUGGCGGCGUGUCUGCGGUUUGGCGUGGCCGAGGGGGACCCUCUGCCUGCAGCCCUGGUGGAGCUGGUUAGAAACAGCCCCAUCUCCACCAUCGAGGACCUUCAGCUGCUGCUGCUCUCUGACUCCGUAGAUGAGGAGGACGGGACUUCUGCAGCCAAUGGAGGUCACAGACUACCAAGGAGCCUUGAUGCCCAGCCGGCCCAGCAGGCUCUGUGCAAAGUUCGUACAGAAGUGGUUGAAGUCACCCGGGCCAUGUUGGAUCGUAGCAACGCUAACUUCCUGUUAUGGCCGCCUUGCGUGGAGGUGCAGCGCUGCUCUGGCUGCUGUAACACCAAGAGCCUGCAGUGUGUCCCGUUUGUCACGCACAUCAGAUACUUGCAGGUCAUGAAGAUUGAAUACAUAAAUAAAAGACCCACUUAUGCCAAAGCAGUGGUGUCAGUGGUGGACCAUGUGGAGUGCCGAUGUCAGCCUGCACCUCGUCCUUCUGCACCGAAGAAGAAAUCUUCACGCAGACAGCACAACCACCAGCAUCGAAACCAGACACACAGCCAGGAACAUGGUCAUGGACAGGUCAAGAUGCCCUCCAAGGAUGAGCUCCAUCAGUGGGAUGAGCUGAAACACAACCAGAGGGCCCACUUGGAGGACCUCGUAGAGCAGCACUGGAGCCCCAGAGGAGACACCUUCAGUCAGGCCCGAGAAGGCUACACUCUGCCUGGGGAGGACAUGUCUCGGUCUGGAGAGGCUUUUCUCUUUGCUCCACACUGGGCACAGAACUCCAGCACAGUCCACGGGAAUAAAGGCCAGUCUGAGAGUCCAGACGACGUGGAGAGGAAGGACAGUUGGACCUCAGAUGGCAACAAGACAGUUUCUUCUGUGGAUAAUGUUGUUGAUGAGGUAAAGAACAAGUUGGUCCAGGGUGGGAAUGAUUUGCUGCUCAACCAUACUGAGGGGAAUGUUAAUGAGGGAAACAGGAGUAGAGACAAAAGCUCACAGUCUGUUUCUGAGACCCCUCAAGUCAAUUUCAGCCCCACAGAGGAAACCAUUGAUCUGAGAGUUAGGAACAGGUUCAGACCAACAAAAGAGCCAAAUCCAGAGCCUCAAGAGCUGGCUAGACGGAGACAGAAUGAGACUCCAGCGCAAGAGAGGAUAUUACAGCUUGAGGAGUCAAAACUGGAGGAGGAGAAGAAUGCGUUGUUGCGCCUGGACCAGGAGAAGGAGAUCAUGAAACAGCAGCAGAUGAAACGAACAGAAGAGCAAAGGCAGAGAGACAAGGCGACAGAUAGUCACCAUUACCAGCAUGGUAAACAUCAUCUGCAAACAACAACACAGAAACCAGAGACAACGACGUUGACGACAACGUCGACCACGACGACUUCAACGACCACAACACAGCGACCCUUGGCUCCAGCAGGCCCCAGACCCCCAGCUCGUCCAAACCACACAAAGAGAAAGAUGAGGAAGAAUCGCAAACGCAUCAGCAAGGCGGCGAUGAGAGCAAUGCUUAUGUAGAAAAUACAAUAAACCCAGGAACACUCUAGGAACUUGGUGAGUUGUGUUUGUGGCUAAUCCAGUGGUGAAGCAGAGUGACUCUCUUCAUACAAGUAUUUAUUCAUUCAUUCAUUCAUUCAUUCAUUCAUUCAUUCAUUCAGUAACUUGCUCGUCCUGUGAGAUCUCCUUAGUAACACUACUAAUGACUGUCUGGUGAACCUGUAAUUACACCGGGAUGGAGUACGUGGAUGGUGAUGUGAUGGAAUAUAAAUGUAAUGUGGACCUUUUUUUUCCUUCCGUAAAGAGAGAGAACACUUGCAUGGACUGAAACUGCAUCGCUGUAGAACUGUGGAUAUUUGUGCAAUUUCAAAACUACUGGCAACCACGAUCUGACAUUAAAAAGAGGGAAACCAUACUCGCACGUGGACAAACAGAGUCUCUGUGGGGUUUAAAUGGCAAGGUCUGCGACUGAAAAAAGACUCCAUUUUGAGAUACUGGCAGUUGGACUGGACCAUGAAGUGGACGUGGAUAUAAAAAAUGGACAUAACUCUUCUGUGUUGUGACAUAAACUGUUGUAUUGUAAUUGGAUUGUCAAAGAGACAAUCGUUCAAUAGACUGCAAUGACAAAAUAAUGCUGACUAAAACAAAGCAAAUAUUUCCAUGUGUGACACAACUCUCAGUACUGACUAUGGGGAGAUGAAGCCGUGUAGUUUCACUAUACCAACGUCGGAUAUCAUUUAUUAUCUCAUUAAAAACAGUGAUUGUCUAUUUUUUACCCAUAUUUAAGUAUAUUUAACUCAUUGCAAACACUGGAAUUACACAGAUGUAAUUAGGGAGCAGAAGAUUGUGGGGAAAGAAAGAGAGUAAGGUGCUUUCACGAGAUGUCAUGUUUUUUUUGUUUUUUUUUACAACUGUUUCCCAACUGUGUGCUUAUGUUUCUUAUUUAUUGUUUUCUCUACCAUUACUGUGGAUUAACUCUGUAGAAAAAGUGAAAACACGUUCACGUGUGACGAUUGGCUGCGUGGUUCAAAAGAAUGAGGUGGAAAUCUCCUUGUGUCGGGUUUGUAUGACUUGUGUGUGGUGCAAUGUGUACACAUCCCCACGUCUGUCAUGCAUCUCAGUCCUCAUGUCUGUCUCCCUCUGUCUCUCUUAGAUAGAGAGACGUCUCUCUUUUAACAAUACAGUGUUGCAGGAAUGGUGUAUUUUACUUUUUAGACCAACUCCAAAGUUAACACCAGCCUGGUUCCCUCAGUUUUCCACAGAUUAUUGCAGACAAACUAUUGGAGGUAUUUACCUUUCUAACACACUUUAAGUAAAAACUCAAUCAUAUAUAGGUAAACGUGUUUAAAACACAGAUCUUAUUUCAAACAGAAAAGCUGACUUCAUAAAGAGGGAACUGGAAGUGUAAAAACAAAUCAUUCCUGCAGCACUUUAUAAUGUUUAAAUGGAGAAAUAGGGGAAAACAACUGUGAUUGUUGUAAUAAUGGAUAACAACAAA